AAACGAAAUGGCGUCCAAACAAAAACUAGCAGGUUGCUGUAGCAGGGUUGGUCGCCAAAAAAUCGCCAAGUUACCAUAAUCCAAAGAUUAACCGAGCGUUAUAUUGAAUGAUUGAAAAACGUGAAUUCUUUACAUGUGUGUAAUUCUUAUUUCUGUACUGUUAGAGAAGUACCGAGCUUUAAUUUCGUUGGAAACCUAUUUCAAAGUUCUGAGAUAAAAUAUAUUUCCACGUUGUAUCGACGUAAAUCAAAUCAGUGUUCCGUCAAGUAAAUUAAUAUAUGAACUAUUUAUUUUGCAUAAAAAAAUUUACGAAAAUCCCAGUUGAAAUUAUAGCGAAACGCUUUGUCAAAAAACGAAUCUCAUAUGUAAUUUGAUUUUGUACCGUGUUCCUUAAUAUCCUGUAACCCUCGCGAUUCGCAACGAAAUGUUUCAGAUUUUAACGGUUGCCCCAAAGGCUUUGUUAAGGUAUUUUAUAUUCUUACUGAGCUUGCAUGUUACCAGUUUGACUGCCACGUUCUCUCUUGCUAAACUUUUUUUUUUGGGGGGGGGUCGUUGUAGCUUUAUGAUUAAUCAUCUUUUUUUUUUUUUUUGUACGCCACAAACAAUUCAACAGCAAAAUCAUUAAAUUUAUAAAAAGCCUUUAUAUUAGCAUAUGUUCAGAAUUCCCGAUGCUAUAUUAAGUGUUGGCAUGACCUAUUAUUAUUAUUUUUUUUCCCAGUCUCACUAAUAGUAAAGUUCAGGGUAAAAUCCUAGUAUACGGCGCAGCCUUGGCGCGAUUUUGAAAAUUAUCGCCAACACCAAAAAUAACCCAAAGAACGUCUGUAUAUACUAUGCACUAUAUACCAUCACUAUAUAUAUAGUAUAUACUAUGUACAACUAUAUAUAUUCUUUGAAUGACCCGUUUACUACUCAUCGUAUAUGUCGAGUUUUUACUGCUCAUCAUAAAGUAGCCAAAUCCCGUGUGCACCAGAUACUAGGAUUAAAUCAAGUUCAGUUUGCUAGGAUAUAAGAAAUCUCGUUGACGCAGUGAAGCUAGCUUUGAAGAAUGGUGAUACUAGCACUAUUAAAAGAUAUUUAAGUCGAGGUUACCAUUUGCAUUAUAUCUUCCCUCUGGCAAAAAAAGGGUCUCAUUGGAUUAUCUGUUCGUGCUCUAUUCUUACGAGUGAAUGAAGACUAUCUAUCUUGUGGUAAUCAAUGGAUAAAUCCUAAGGAGUCCUUAGGGAAUGUUGGCCGAAUUGCUUCUAGAAAAGGGAGCUGACCUUGCCAGCAGAGAUACAUUCGAGCGAACAGCUCUGCAUAUUGCUUGUGAAGGAAAAUCUUUAGAAAUGAUAAAGCUCCUAGCUGAGAGAUCGAUGCCAUACAUUUUUGACAUCCGUGAUGCAAAAGGCCAUAUUCCUUUAGACAUUGCUUGUCUAUAUCAUUGCCCAGAAGCUGUUCGGAUUCUCUUGGCACAAGGCAAGAGUGUAUUUGGAAAAGGUGACCGACAGGUUUUAAUAAGUACUCUAAAUAACAGCAAAGCAUACAAGUAUGCUAUUCCAAUGAUAUCUCUGCUUUUAGACGCUGGUGCAAACAUUGACGCUGCCGACGAAUCUGGGAGAACACCAAUGGUAACUGCUUUAAGACGCGAACUGGUAGGUGCAGCAAAUUCCACUGCAGAUCAAAAUCAUUUGUAUACAGAUAUUUCCAUGCUUUUGAUAGACCGAGGAUGUGAUGUUAAUAUUCCUUGGUUGAUGGGUGAAACUGCUCUGCAUAUUGCUGCUCAAAUAAACCACGAAACUUUAGUUAGAAAACUUCUUAUUUCUGGAAGUCACAUUGACAGACGUGAUGGGUUUGGGCCCCCAUUGUACUAUGCGUGUAAAAAUGGAAAACAGACAAUAGUUCAUUUACUCAGAAUUUGCGGUGCUAAUUUAUGGGCCGAAGAUUGGGAACAUCACUUCGAAUUCUGGAGAUGGAGGGAAGAAUUAAAUGAGAAAAACCAUCAGCUAUUAAAUUAUGUUUUUAGUGAAUCGAAGAAGUGUCUUACCUUACAGAACCUUUGCAAUGCAGCUAUUAGAAAUAUAGGAAAAUAUUCCACUGAACUCGGAUUACCAUCAUUGCUGGUUAAAUGACUACUAUUUCUAGACUGAUGGAAAUAUGUAGUGUAAUUUAUGGAUAUGUACUUAAAAUUGAAGUUUAUAAGUUUGCAAUUGAUAUGUGAUUUCUAAUUAUGAUUAAAUGUCUGAGGUAUAAAAUGUAAUAAAAUAGAAAAAAUAUAUAUUUAUACGUUA